AUGGGUGGAGAACUUAUUUAUCCACAUUCAGCUGUUCAUGGGUACAGGAAAACAGGGGUACAACAAGUGGUGGACGGUAUACCUGACCUUGUUGGACAGGAAGAUAUGGCCAUGGAUAUAAAACUCUGUUCAGAGUCACCCGUCCACGUAAUCACGCAGAUGGGAGAGAAGAGCGCACAGGAAGAACCUACUCCACCGGUUAUUCCCAGAAAUUUAACACCGUCCAGAGUCUCCCGUACACAGAGAUGUAACUCCUCGGGAGAAUGUGGAGGAGAAUAA